CUUUGCGUAAGUUUUUUUGUUUCUCCACCAACCCAUCUGUGGCAGCAUCAUCGUGGUAGAUAGGCGAAAUGGCGCUCUCAUCCGAUCCGUACGAGCAGAAGCUGUAUCAUAUGUUCCAAUCGCACAGUAUCGGCGAUGGUACCGGCGGACUCGAUCGAGAUUCACUGAUCAAGCUAUGCCGCACACUGGAGCUGAAGGAGCGGGGCCAUCUGCUGGUCAAGUGUUUGAUGACCGGCUGCAAGACACACGUCAGCUUCCGUGAAUUUCGCGAAGGUCUCCUGCAUAUCCUGGGCGGUAACGAAGAAUCGAUCGCGGCUGCCAGCAACAGCACCGAAGUGGACGCUACGUCCCCAACGAUAAUGGCGUCCAACAACAAAGCGGAGGAAGCGUUCGAAGUGCCACCAGACUCCGAUCAUCCAGAUCAGCAGCAGCAGGAGCAGCAACAGCAACCACAACAGCAGUUUGUGGUGCAACAAAUGGAUUCAUACUCCUCGACAGGUCAUUCGAUAGUUUCUGGCAAAAGUAAUCACACCGAUGGUGGUGCUAACGCUAACGGAAGUGUUGGUAGUAAUAGUAGUACAUCGGGAGUUUCAUCCACAUCCGGUUCGCCAUCAUUCCAUACUACCGGGAGCAAUGUGUCAGCGGGCAGCAACAAACACCGUGCGACAGCCCAACGCAGCUUGGCCUCAAAAAGCGUCCAGCGCAAGGUGGAAACUUUAGAGCAAAACCGUACCAAGGUGCACGAGAAGCAGAAUGUUAGCCUUUCGUCGUUAAUCGGUCAAGCGAAGCCACAGCACGACAAGAAGAAGACGUGCGAUGACUGCGUUCCAGUGGUUGAUAAUGAAUGCUUGAAUCAUCCAAACCGUGCGUUACAGCUAGCGAGGAACGAUGCCGAGAAGCUACCACCGGAAGAAGCCACGUUAGAUGACUCGUCGGAUCGGGAAGUAUCGCCGAAGUUUGUCGUCGGCACUAAGAAGUACGGUCGCCGGUCAAGGCCACGGGAGGAUGUGAAUGGACUCGAUUCAUCGUCGCUUUCCUCCAAUUCGGACAAUGAAUCGGUCACGGUGAAAUCGGUAGCGGGUCAAUCGGCAACGAAAAAGACACCGGCGGAGCGCGAUGGUGUGAUCGUGGAGCAACAGCUGCCUGGCAGAACGCGCCAAAGUUUUAUCACUGCAACCGGUACCGUUGCCGCCUCCUCGAAGGUGCAACGUUCCGCAUCCCAAAGUGACAUACAUGGUUCGAAGCGACGACGCCCGAUAGUUGGUAGUACGGGUGUACAUCGGUUAAAACGAUGUGCCUCACUACCGACACACCGGCAGCGUCCGGCAGUGGAAAGUAAACGGAACACCACCACGGUAACCAUACGCGAGCAGCUCCACAUGGAUGAUGAGCGGAUCGAUCAGAAGAUCUACUUCAUGAACCUGUCGGAGAAUCUGCGCGAAAUUUGGAACUCGCUGCUGCUUGACUGUGACCGCCGGCAGGGUGAUCUGCUGAAUCAGGCACAGCUGGAGGAAGUGUGCGAGCGUGUGGGUCUGCAGAAAGUGCCGGCUCGGUUGGCGGCCCAGGAAGUGUUUAACAAGCUGUCGUUGGAACCGAGCGAGGGUAUCGGAUUUGAGGAAUUUAUAGCCCUGCUCGAAAGCAAUACCGAUUUGCUGCCGAUGGGUGAAACCAAGGAACUGCAGCUCGGCGAUUGCGGUGGUUCCACCGCCGUUUCAUCCGUUGUUACGGCCGAAGAAAGCACUUUCACACUUGCAUUGCCCCCAGAUUGGACAUCGGAAAUAGGAUCACUGGCAGCUUCAAUCAUCAUCGAUCUGUGGGAAUCAGCUGGUAUAGAAACUCCGGGGAAUUUGCUGCAUGAGCUGGGCUUCAACCGGGACGUGAUACAUGUGGCGGACUUGGUGCAAGCGCUAGAGGAGGAACAUCAGCGCAUUAUUAGUGGACAUAUGAACAGCAGUACCGUUAGCAGCAUCAGCAAUAAUCCGUUCGACGAUGCUGCACUUAUCGUGCGGGCUUCGUUGGUACUGCAUAAGGCAGAAGUGACCGCACUACGGCAAGCGUUCCAUCAGCUGGUGGAGGAGAACAAGAAACUGUACGCCGACAACAAGGAGGUUAAUCAUCGGGCGCUGGUCCUUGCGCAGGAAGUGGAUGAGCGGCACAAUUCAUUGGAGAACUCUACCCGUACGAAAAUCCGUCAUCUAGAGCAGCGGCAUCACGAAACGGUCAAGGAGCUCACGUCGCAGCUAGCCUUCGAGCGGGAACAAUUGUCGCAUGCGAAUGCGAUGCUGGAAAAACGCAUCCAAGCGCUGGAGCACGAGGAAGGAAAGCUGAAGUCGGAAAUGUCCCGACUGGCGGAGGAAAAUGAUGAACUGCGCCAGGAUCAGGAGAAUCUGACGAAGGAGAUUACCGAUCUGCUGGAGAAAAACAUCAAACUCAAUCGGGAUAUAGCCGAGCUGGAGGAAAACAAUCGUAACGAUUAUGCGGACGACGAUGAUUGUGGGUUUGUGCGCAAGGAUAGUGAAGAAGUGCUGGACUUGAUCGAUCGGAUAUCGCUGUUGCAGAACGAAAAUACUGGUUUGCGCGAUAAGAACGAUGAGCUGAGUGCCGAGAUUGAAAUGCUCACCGUGGAGCUCACCAAGUUUAAGCUCAAGCGAUCCGCUGCGGUUGGAGACGAUUUUAGUGUAGCCGCAGUAGGUGACGGUUCGACCAGUUCGGCUGCUAUCAAGCGGCGUGGUGAUUCACCGAGCAAAACGAGACUGUCGGAUGAAAGUCCCCGGUUGGGCAAAUUUCGUCGAUGCAGCAACGAGAAUGACAUCGAAUCGGACUCUUCGUCCGGGGACUGGAUGGCCUUGCAUUCGGAACUUGGACAGAGCAUUCGAUGCGCUGAGGAUACGGCGGGUGCGAUGCCUGCUAGCUGUGCAGAGCUGACCGGUGCAUCGUCAGGAAUUUCAAGCAUGAACGAAUCGUCAUUGAGCCGUGACGAUGAAAUCAAAGCGCUGCGUACAAGAAUCGAAGAGCUGGAGGUGCAGUUGCGGGAAGCGAAAAAAGAAAUCAAUGUGCCGCAAAAAGUGUUUGCCGUGGAAGAGAAUGUCGCGGUUUCGGCCAGACUGGAACCAUCCGUGGUGGCUCCUCCUACAUCGUCUAAGGACGAGGAGUGCAAAAAAUUGACGGCACGCUGCGAGGAACUCGAAUCCAGCCUAGAGCAGAUGCGCAAAGAGUACGAAGACUGUGAAGAUUACUGGCAGGCGAAGGUGAACGAUGAGCGCGUGUUGUACGAGGAAGAACAACGAAUAAACGAUGAAAAGUUCACGGAGCUGCUGAAGAAGGUGGCUGAAUACGAGGAACAGUUUGCGGGCAAUUCGAAGCUCGAGAAGGAUGGCCGUCUGUCGCCGAUCGAUGAAAAGGAUGGCUUAGAGCAGCAGUAUCUCGAGCUGGAGGCCGAUUUUGAGCAGGCCCAGAUGGCGCUGGAUGAACGGACGGCCGAAGUAGAUAAGUUGCGCCGAAGGAUACAAGACAUGGAACAGAUGCACAAAUAUCCUUCGGAGAUGCUGCUUUCUCCUUCGCCGCGUGUUGAUACACCGGAGGUAGAGGAUCGUCCAGCCAGCUCCCCGAUAAGCUAUCUGUGGAAUCAAAGUACAAUCCAGCGGCCGGUGCGUGAUUAUCAGAAUCCCAAUUGGCGUCCGCCGGCGGUUAUCAAUGCCAUUUCAGAAUGUGCUCCUGAGGCUGAUGGCAAGUGCUCUAUGACCGAGAUGGCGGCAGUGCUGUCAUCCAAUUCAGCGAUCGAAAAAGCCGAUAGUGGAUGUAUCGGGGGUUCAUCUACGACGGAGGUCGACGAUUUGGAUGGGUCCAAUUUUGCUCGAGUUAUUUCACCGAUCCAGAAACCCAUGGCUGUAGCAAUAUUUGAUGGCGAAAGCUCUGAUGCGAAGAAAGACGUCAGCCAACACUGCACUACCGUGGCCGUGUUGGAUCAAGUCGAUGCGUCCGAUGCAUGUUCAGUGAGAUCGGCGCGCAGUACGCACAGUCUCGCUUCAACGCACAGCAUCCAACAUUCAGAGGGAAGUGCCAGUGGGAUGCAAGCGAAGCAUAUGCGGUUAAUGCAACUACAGUUGCAGGAUGAAAUUAAAGAUCUUACCCAUGAACGUGAUUGUCUCAUGAUGGAGCUGCAGCAACUAAAAGAAGCGAAAUCAGUUUUGGCACGAUCGUACGCCAAAACAGCAUCACAUCCUAAUCAGAUACAAAAAAUACAGAACCUAGAACAAAAGAACCGGCAUCUACAGCUGAUGGUUAAACAACAGCAGCAAUACUCUGAAUCCAUAUUGCAUCAAAUCUGGCAGCAGCAGCGCAGUGAAAUUAACGAUCUGCGCAACCGACUCGAAGCGCAGUGCAUUGUCAUAUCGGACCAGGCGGCACGGCUCGCCAACAACGAUAUACUAGUCAAGGACAUGUACGCGGAAAAUUCUCAGCUCAUGUUGCAGGUACAGCGGCUCGAGCAUCAAUGUAAUCGUGCCAACUGGAUGCAGCAGUACAGCCAGUCAAACUCGUCCUCGGGUAGUCACCACGGGUUGAGUGGUGGCAUUAUGCCAGGGUUGCCGUAGCGUCGUCUGCUAGCUGUCGGCACACAUCAGUAGCGAAAAGGCGAUGCACACAUGAAAAGCCACUUUGUUGGGUGUUUUUGUUUGUUGUAAAUCGAUCAUUAUGUUUAUCGGGCUAAGAUUUUUGCCAUUUGUUGUAGUGUUUGUUUCUCGCGGCCCCGCUGUAUGCCCCUCUCCCUGAUGUGCACGAUGGCCUAAUGUAGUCUCGUCAUGUUUAUACGGUUGUUUCUAUAAAUAUGAUCGAAGCUCGCUAUUUUAUAUACUAUGCUCUGUACUGUUUUUUUCCCAUAUUUUCUAAAUCGUAUCUACCUUCACGGAUACCUUUUCUCUCGGUUUAGUUUUUAUUGCAGUAAAACAGCAGGAAGCAGGACACACAAAACACACGCGGAAUGUGUAUCAAAUUUUAUUCCCUACAAAGCUUGUGUGUAUAGAGGUACGUGUAAUAAUCAUUUUGUAUUGCCAUUUACUGAUUGGUAAAUUUGUACCAUUGCAUAGUUCUCCGUUUUAACUGAGUGUUGUGUAAGAUAGGCGCUAAUAACAUAUACGUACAAAAGGGUUCCCAUUUUUCCGUUUUGCACUCGUUCAGGAUAUUCGACGUCGAGUGGUUUCUAUUUAUUGAAUGUGUUAGAUAUGUGAGAUGUAAUUGUUUGUAGUGUUGUGCUCAGUGAAAAAUGAACUUGUAGCGCUGUAAUGAAGCUAACAAUACAGCCUACCUAAUAAAACAAGUAAUAUUACCAGAAUCCGUUCAAAUAGCGGGAGGUAGUAGGAAAGACAUUAGGAAACAACACGUAAUUGUUACUAAAAGAUCUGUGAUUUGUAGUGGAAAGCAUACCCGGCUAAGCAGCCAGUAAAAGCCACACACCGCAGCGAGCAGCUUGUUGACACGAAAUGUUCUAUAAUUCGCCAGGAAUUGUAUGAUUGCUAGAAAUUUCGUUUCUAUAUGCACCCGAUUCGUGGUUGAAUGUAAACAGUUGCCUUAAGUUUUGCUUUGUAACUUCUGCUAUUGCAUCUAAUGUAAACUUUUCAAACAUGAGGCACUGAUUUGUUUCCAUUUAUUUAUAAAUCAACGCGAUCACGAUUCAACCGAUGAGUACUACCCUCUAAUGCUAGGUAGCAGCUAAAAUACAAGCUAUCUAUUCUUGUUAGAGUACGAAAUAAGCCCAUAAUGUUGCAAAAAGGAAGGAAAAAAGACAUACGAAAACGUGUAAAAGAAUUAUAGGCUGAUUUUAGUGUAGGUAUGUGGGUGGAUGUAAAGAAUUAUACAACAAACAAGAAGAAACACCUAAUCACAGAAGCAAAAAGGUAAGAAAAACUACAGACUUGGGUAAAUGAAAGCAACGCGAUAUUCGUUACACCGAACAGUAAACCGUUAAUGAUAAUUAACUCACACUAACACACGACGGUCCUAAAACUGAAUACCAUCAUUCUAAAACGUAACUACUAAAGCAGGAAACAAGUGGCACAAUUAAGGAUUGCAUACCGAACUAAAUGACUUACAGAAAAAUAAGACAUUUUGUUACAGCAUAACUCUAAUCGCAUAGCUAUACACUAUGAACCAUAUUGUGAAGAUGGUUCAGUAGAAAUCGUAGAAAACAACUGAAAUAUUUAUUACCGAUCCUGGGAUAGCCUGAGACCAUAUAUCUUGAGUUAAGGAAGUAUGGGAACACACUGCACACAGAAGGGCGCGGUUUGUUACGUUUUCGUCGGUAGUUACCGGCAGAAAAGAAUGAUUGAUUUUAUUACACAUUUAAACUCAAAUUGUGGAAGAUAGUCGAACAAAGUAAGAUUAUCGAACGAAUGUUAAAAUGUUAUCAUCCGAUGAUAUUGCAAUGAUUAGUUUAGUUCAAGUAAUUUAUUAUUAAU